AUGGCGGUGAGCAGCGCUCGAGAAUCCGUCACCGAUCUUUUGUCAGGGCGGGAGGAUGUUAGAACGGUCUCUUCAUCAACAAUGGCGCAGGAAUCGACGACGAUAAAAACAGGGGAAUUAGGUGAAGACGGCGGUGGUGAUGGCGUUAUCAGCGAUAGGAGUAACGUGUUAGCUCGUGUCUUUGAGGAGUUGCUUGACGCCGAGGUGUCGAUGAAUCCUGCGAAGUUGCGUGAGGCUUCCCGUGCCGGCAUUCCGUCUCUCUACCGCAGCACUGUCUACCGCUAUCUACUGGGCAUCACCUUUGUUGACCAUUCGCGUGAAAUGUCGUUGGAACGAAUGCAGGAGAAGGACUUUGAGCAGCUGUUAACAGCCUUUGGGCGAAUUGUAGCAUCUGACGGAACCGGGCAACGGCCCUCUGUGAAGGGACGCAUCAUGCAGCCGCUGGCAUCGCCCAGACUGCAUGACUCUGAGACAAUCCCGCUUAUUACUCGGGAUGAGAGCCAGUUUGCAAACGGAUACCGGUGCUCAGAUCGCAGUUUCUCUGUAGGUUACGCGGCGUGGAUCAAAUUCCGUGCCAACUUGAGGUAUCUGCCUCGCUUUGUAGGAAAUCCAGAGAGACGCCAGCGGAUGGAGUGUGCGUGGCAGGCCUUACAUGUCACAAGCUCCGGAGCGACACCUGACGAGGUGGAGAACUUAUUUGAGCUUGCACUUGUGUUUGAGUCGGUGCAUGGCACUGCGCGGGACAUUUACUUCUCCACGUCUUCCCUCUACUAUCUGUUGACGCAUCACGGAAAUGUACUGCAAAAUGCGCAGUGUCUGCAAAGGAUGUGCGGCACGUUUCUCAUGCUGUUUCGCGCUACAAACUUUGAUCUUUACCGUCACUUUGUAGCAGAGAGUGUCACGGCUGUGGAGUGGUUGCCGGGUAUGCUCAAAACCCUCCUGGCAGGUAGGCUGCAUGAGGAGGACCUGUUGCGCCUGUGGGAUGUAUAUUUGGCGGAUGCCCUGGAGUACCUGGGUUUUCCGCUGCAUCCAUACGUCUGUCUGGCUAUUCUCGAGGAGAUGACGGAAGUGUUGCUGGAGUGUGAGAAGUCCGGCAUCAUUGAGCGGUUGCGACACCUCCCGCGCAUUGAAGCCGGUAGCAUUAUUCAGAAGGCCAUCUCGCUGAAGGAGUCUGUCUUCUCAAAAGAUCUGCUGUGA